AUGAAGGCAUCUCCGCUUCUGACUAUGCUCUCUCGCCGUGUCUGCAGCUGCAGAGCAUCACACCUACAACAUCAACGGUCUUCUUUCGCUCGAUUCCUGUCUCACACCACUCGUGCCAAUGCAUCCUAUACCUCCCCCAUCCCAACUUAUGGGUCGGCAGAAUUGCUGAAGCGUCGCUAUCAGAAGUCUGCUACACCAACCGAAGAUACCAAGGUCGAGCGCGCACGAACAUUGAAGCGGAUGAAAUGGUCCGCAUACGGGAUUGCAUUUUGCACACUGGCCAUUGUAGGCACAAUUUCGCUAUACCCGCGAAAGAACAGGGCAACCCAUGAAGAGGAGGCUUUGGACAAGACAAAGAUUGCACAACUAGAUGCUCCGCCAUCUCUAGUAGGCGCAGGGGCGGUUGGUGUCGCUUCCCAAGACAUCGAAGUCGAACAAGUCCCUACCGGUACCUCCACGAUCCCCUUCUUCCCCAAGGUCAUCCACGUAACUGCCGAUGCACCCAGCUCAACUCCUGCCGCUGCCAACGAAGGGACGCAAAAGGACGUCGAAUAUCAACUUGUGGGCCUGGGAGUGCGGACUGUCUCCAUCCUGAGCAUCCAGGUCUACGUGGUGGGGCUUUACAUUGCCGUCAGCGAUAUCGCAAGUCUGCAAGAACGAUUGGUUCAUUCGGUGGCGGAUCCUGUGGCGACGACGCUCGUUGCCAAUGAGAAGUCGAAAUUGCGGGAUCUUUUGGUCGACCCAGACCAGGGCGAGGAGAUCUGGAACAAGAUUGUCAAAGACGGUCAGGUCCGGACGGCUUUCCGGAUCGUGCCCACGCGCAAUACGGAUUUCAUGCAUCUAAGGGAUGGGUUUGUGCGAGGGAUUACGGCUCGAAGCGCCCACUUCGCCAGUGAUAGGAAGGACCCUUCAUUCCAGGACGAAUCGUUCGGGUCGGCCCUCAACGAUUUCAAACAGGCCUUUGGCGGCGGCGCGAGACGGAAGCUGCCGAAGGGUGAAGUACUUCUUUUGGCCCGUGACGCCGAGGGGAAGUUGACAGUGUGGAACGAGGAUAAGAAGGGAGAUCGCUUGAAAAUGGGCGAAGUCGCCGACGAGAGGGUGGGCAGACUGUUGUGGUUGAAUUAUCUCGCAGGGAAGACUGUCAGCAGUGAGCCAGCAAGGCAGAGUGUGAUUGAUGGGGUUGUGGCAUUUGUGGAACGACCGGUUGGGACUGUGGCCACUCAAGUGGCAUAG